AUGCUGCAGAAGGCGCAGGAGGCGCUCACGCAAGAGGAGCUUAACCUCCGUGUGCGUCAGGGCCUGCAGAAGCGCAAGAAAUGUGCCCUGUGUACCCAGACCUUCUACGUGAACGAGCUGCCUGGGGCCAUCACUCACAAGUCCAUCUUAGAACUUCGCCAGAAAUGGGGUAUGGAUGUGCGUCGAGGUGACCACAUGCCGUCGCCGUCGCAGCUGUACAAGCGAGAAGAAAUAUGCAUCUUCUGCAUGCAGUUCUUUGACACAACGGGUUCAAUGCAGACGCAGCAGAAGCUACUGGCGUCCACCCGUGAUGGCAUCUCACAGGCGCUGACAUUGCGGUAA